GUCAAACUGUCACUUUUUGAGCUGAGGAGAUCGAGAGAUGACCGAGGAAAUGCCCACCAACUCAGCCGAGCCUCCGGGCAGUCCAGCGGGCAGUGACACCUCCUCGCCCCGGCCCGCGUCAGACCAAGACACCGUCACCUCUCCAGGCUCGCCGCGCGUCAUUACGCACGGAGAGGAAAGCCGUUUCCCCGCCUGUAUUCAAGACGCGGUGUCCCAGGUGCUGCGCGGGUACGACUGGUCCCUGGUGCCCGUGACAGGGCAGGGGGACCGGGGGCUGAGGGGCAAGCCGCACGUGAAGAGGCCGAUGAACGCCUUCAUGGUGUGGGCGCAGGCGGCGCGGAGGAAACUAGCGGACCAGUAUCCACACCUGCACAACGCCGAGCUCAGCAAGACUCUGGGCAAACUCUGGAGGCUGUUAUCAGACCCUGAGAAGCGUCCUUUCAUUGAGGAGGCAGAGAGACUGAGGACACAGCACAAGAGGGACCACCCGGACUACAAGUACCAGCCCCGCCGACGGAAGGGGUCCAAGCCCGGAGUGGGGGACUACACCCAGGCAGACGCUCAGCAGCACAGCGCCUUCACCGCAGAGCCACUCUCCAGACUGGACCAGACUGUGGAGGUGCAGCUCUACUCUACUAAUGGGACAGAUCAACCCCAUGGACCACCGACCCCGCCCACCACCCCUAACACCGACCUCCACAUGGGUGCUAAACAUGACACCCAGUCCCACCCUGCCCCUCCUGCUCCUGCCCCUCCCCCCGCCCACAGCACCCGCCACAACAUCGACUUCAGUCACGUGGACAUCGCAGAACUGGGCGCCAUGGAAACCUUCGACGUGCACGAAUUCGACCAGUACUUACCCCCGACCGACCCGGGACACGCCCACAUCAGCGGACCAAUCACGCCCGAUCAAAAAGCUAUCUCCAACGACGACGCCAGCCCCAAACCGAUCAAAACGGAGCAGCUGAGUCCAGGCCACGCCCCCCACUGCUCGUCCCCGCCCCCUCCAGAGUACACCUGCCUGACGUCCGGCCAAUCUGAGUAUGCUGACCUGCAGAGCCCCGCCCUCUACAGCAGUUUCUCCGCCUACUCGGCAGGUUUGUAUCAGUACCCGUACUUCCACUCGCCACACAGAGCCUUUGGACUGGCCUUAGCUCCGCCCCCUCACAGUCCCACCUCGGCCUGGGACACGCCCAUUUUUACCACUCUCACCAGGCCAUAGAGCGAAAGUGGUGUGACUGAAAUUUAAUGACAUGGCAAGUAAUUAUUUGCCACAUUUUUAUUGUUUUACUUUAGCUGAAAAAGAGAUAUGUGUUUGGAAACUGUUAUAAAAUUAAUGGCUACUUGGUAAAUUAUGAAACAAUGAGACGUAUUAUGUAAAAUAGACUUUUAUCAGUUAACUUAAGUUGUAUUUCAAAUGAUUCAUGUGUGUUUGAGUAAUCCUGUCUUGUCCUACAUGUGCUGAGUGCUUGGAAAAUGUUAGUUUUUAUCUACCCCCUAUCUCCACUCACUUCUCCUCAAAUACUUGUAACCAUUAAAAAUAAAUGCAGGUCAUACAUGGGCUCAAUACUACUAAAAAAAUAGCAUAAUACAGAAAUUUAAAUUGAGAUUUUUUGUUCUUUAUAUUGAGUUAUCACAAUACAAUAUAAUGUCAUCACAAUACAGACUUUUAAGUACUAUUUAAAGCCAUACUAUGUAACUUUUUUUAAGGCUAAGUUUAUAUGAUGAUGGUCUGAACAGAAGAAAGUGAGGCAAAACUGCAUUUAAGACGACGGUGAUGCAAAAGUGUGUGGAAUGUGAUUGUGUAUGCAUGUCAGGCGGCUCGGUGGUGAUGUAUGUGACACGGUGGCUGAGUGGCUAGCCUCACAGCAAGAAGGUUCUGGGUUCGAUCCCCGGGUCGCCCGGACCUUUCUGUGUGGAGUUUGCAUGUUUCUCCUUGUGUCUGGAUGGGUUUCCUCCGGGUGCUCUGGUUUCCCCAUCGACCUGCAUAGGUCUCCAUAAAGAGUUGAUAGUCAUGGUCAGUUAAAUACAAUCAAUUCAAUCCUUAGGCAAGACACUUCGCCCAAUUUGCCUAGUAUGAAAGUGGUGCUGUGAUGGUGGUGGUCGUAGGGACUGAUGGCGCCGCACGGCAUGAAAGCUGUGCUUCUGUCAGUGUGCCCCAGGGCAGCUGUGGCUACAGUAGCAGCUUACCAUCACCAGGGUAUAGAGUGAAUGAAUAAUGCUGAAUGAAGUGUAAAGCAUCUUUGGCCACAGAAAAUGUCUGUGAAAGUGCUAUAUAAAUAAAGACUUACUUACAUAAACGUGUACGCGACGUGAGCAGAUCUGACCAGAGUUUUGCUUCAGUGUAGACGGAAACGCUACGGCAGAGCGUAUUCAGCUUUUCCACUCUGGAGGGUGGUCUCAGAUUUUUGUGUUUUUAAGCUCCAAAAACACCGUCACCGUCUAAACGAAAGGCACUUCCGAUAAAAUAUUUUAUCGUUUUUACCCGCAAGCGUUUUAAUAUUAAAGCACAUUGUUUCAUUUUGGUAGCAUCCUCACUCUGGACCACAGAGCUAUAAUAAAAUCUGAAGGUGAACCCAAGAUGGUGUCGUAUUCUUUUCAGUGGCCUGUGCUCAUUGGUGCAUGGGCUCAAAAAUAAUUUUCUCUUCCAUAUUUACUUCCUCAAUACAGGCAAGUGCCUCCCACCCAUGUGACGUAGGCAAUGUGCACGUGCAAGUUUAUGUUGUGAAAGUAGAAAAGAAUACCUAUAAAA